AAGCUGUCGGUGAAGCUCUCUUCCAACACCACCUCAACCACAAUAACGUUCAAUUCAAUUCCACACCCUUCACCUCUACACUAUCCACAUCCCCUAAUUAUAAUCGCAGCCAUGAGCGGCAGUUUCGUUGGUCCCCAGAUCCCAGCGUACAUCAUCGCCAAACGAAAGCGCGCCGCAGAAGAAGAAGCGGCCACCAAGGCGUCUGAAUCAACAACCGCCGCUUCACCUCCGUCCAAACCUUCAGAAGAUGCUUCUGCGAAAAAGAAACGGAUGGCGGGACCCGCGAUGCCGCUUGCGCCGCUAGAUCAACGACCAGUAGUUAGCCCAACCGAUGAUUCCGGGAAUGAGAGCAGCGACGAUGAUGAUUUUGGACCUGCGCCGCCUGCAGCAUCGCACACAAGAGAAGAAGAAGAGCUUGAAGCUCAACGACGACUAGCGCGAUUCCAGACCGUCCAGAAUGCCACUGUCGAUGACGGCAAGCCCAAGCGCGACGAGUGGAUGAUCGUACCGCCAAAAUCGGAGGAUUGGUCAGCCAAGGUGGAUCCCACGAAGAUCAAGAACCGGAAGUUUCAAACCGGCAAGGGUGCCAAAGCGCCACAGAAGGGCGGGGGAGACAACACUCUGUGGACAGAGACCCCCGAACAAAAGCGGGAGCGCCUCACGGACGAAGUUAUGGGGCGCAAGAAGCCAGCCACCCAGGGACCCGCGAGCAGUGAAGCACUUGCGAGUACAGCGGAAUCAAGGGAGACUGCGCGACGAAUUAAGGAAUACAAUGAACAACAUCGGAACAAGACUCUGUAUGAUCAACAUAAAGCACAAGCUCGUUUUGAAGAAGACGAUCCCAGCAAGAGAGCAUUCGACAGGGAAAAGGAUAUUGCUGGGGGCAUCAAGAUUGGAAACCAACAAAAGCAGGAGAUGCUCAAUCGCGCCGCAGACUUCGGAUCCCGUUUCUCAUCGGGAAAGUAUCUUUGAAAAUACAUUUCCGUUUGCUUGUUUUCCCGCUGGACGGAUAUCGAUAUCGUAUCAGGCCGUAAUGCUCUGUAUUUAGAUCGUGUUGGUGUUGUAUCACUACCCUUUUCUUGAGGAUGAUAGCAUUACCACAAAUUUUACACUCGCCUUUUUCGGGUAUUAUUCAUUAA